AUGAAUGAGACUCGAAUUCCAUCUAUAAAUUCAAGAAAACGGCAGAAGCCGUUUUCUUCAGGUUCUGUGUCUGGACAGAAGAAGCAUCAUCCUGUGCUAGCAAAUAUAACGAAUAUGGUGACCACUACAGGAACAACGACAGUAGCUAACAGUAGCGGUUCGAAGAAGGAGCAAUUUGCUCCUUCAUAUCAAACGAAGAGUCAAAGUACGAAUAUGAGACUAUUGAACAAAUAUUUUUAUGGGGAUCCCAACGUUAUUGAGGAGGUUAAGAAAAGAGAGAGAAAAGCUUUAAAAGAUAUUCACUUGUUUACUAAACAGAUUGAGGAAACGGAUUCUCGGUUGGAAUCCCUUACUUCUGAGGUUAUCCCGCAGCUCAAAUACAAUUUGAACAAAAGAUCCAUCAUUUUCAAGCACUUGAAACAAGAGACCAUGGUGAUGCAGGAACAAUUAUAUCAGUUGAAGAACGAUUGUGAGCUAAAGAAGAAAAACCAUGAGCUGAUAACUAACAACUUGAAUUUAGAGCAUUCUAUAAAUAUACAAGAAGUGAUAAAUCAAUGGCAGCUGAAAAUAUCUGAUAAAAGACACAUCUGGGAACUUGAGUUACAAAAAUUAAAACAAACUAAACCUGAUCCGGCUGUCCUUAAAGAAAUCGAAGAGUUAAGCACAGAUAAAGCGAUCAUAGAGAAUGAUUUAAAAGAUUUGAAACGUAAAAACCAUGAACAAAUUCAAUCAUAUGAGAAUGAAUUAAAAUUACGAUUGGAAAAGUUCAAAGAAGAUAAAAAGGAACCGCUGAUAGCAUCCAUAGAAGAAAACAAAAAACUAAAGAUUAAGAUAAAUGAUCUGAAGGCAACUCAGGAAGCACUACGAGAUAAAAUUCGAAAUAGUGUUGAUACUGAACUUUCCUUACAAGAAAUUAUUAAAAAUAAAAGAUUGGAGCUACAAACGUUAGAAGCUUCAUUGGAGCCGGUAGAGGAGAAACUUAACCAACUUCAAUUGAGAUAUAAAUCAGAGAAAGAUACCACUGAUGAAGUUAAAGCCAAAGCUAAAUUAGCAGAAGCGGAAUACAAUAAAAAUUAUGAUAGAAUGGAACAAGAGCAAUCGCAAAGAAGAAUCCUGGAAAACACAAUAGAUGAGUUGGAUGGUCACAUUCGUUGUUUUGCAUAUCUUAAUUACGACGAACUUAAUGACUAUGCAGUAGACUAUAUGAACAAAUGUAUUAUCGGAGAUACAGAUGUGUUUUACUUUAGCAGAAUUCUUCCGAGAGACUUAGUAUCACCUUCAAACCUUUUCAAUAAUGAAUGCUUCACCUUCGUCGAUUCGUGCUUAAAGAGUAAGAAAAGUUGUAAUAUUAUAUCAAUAAACGAUGAUUUGAGGAAAGAUUUCCUACGAACGAUAAAUGAACGAUUUUUGAAAUCCAAAGUUCUUGUUCAGAUGGUUGUAUUGAACGACAGUGACCUUUCGAAGGAUUUAUUAAAUUCUGAGGAUUCUGAUUUAUCCGCUGUCAUUGACGAAAAAUGUAUUGAUUUCCAUUCUAAAAGACUACCGAUUGAAGAAGUGAAUAAUUUUAUACUUCCCGAUUUCAGAGGAAUUCAUGUUAUGAAAUUUGAAGUCUUCGAUAAAGAAGAUGAUUUUGAAAGCAUAUUUUUCAUCCAAGCACCUACUAAGGAAAUUCAGAAAAUGAAUGCGAUUGAUAUCACAAAGACGGCUGUCAGCCCAGUCUCGACCUUCUUGCAAUCGUUAUUAUUAAGACUUGAAUCCUUAAUAAUAUUCAAUUUUGAUACACCAGAUUCCUCAUUAUUACAAUUAUCACAAACUUUACAUAAACUACCAAAUCCGAAAUAG